UUUUUUGUCUGUUCCAACUCCAGCUAAGGUCAUGACAAGGGACAGGUUCAGGACCAUUAUGUGGAACUUGCACCCAAGUAAUCCUGAGGAGGAUGUCAAAAAUGACAAAAAGAAGGGAACACCAGGCUACGACAAAUUAUCAAGACUGCGGCCUGUUUAUGAUGACAUCCUCAAUGCCUGUCAGGCUUACUACCAACCAAAGAGGGAGCUGGCAGUUGACGAAAGGAUGGUGCCAACAAAGGCAAAAACUGGCAUGACCCAGUAUAUGAAAGACAAGCCAACUAAAUGGGGAAUAAAGCUUUUUGUGUUGGCCGAGUCAAGCAGUGGCUACACUGUGAGUUUUAGCUUAUACACUGGCAAGACUCACACUGCAAGUGAGCAUGGGCUGUCUUAUGAUAUGGUAAUGAAACUUAUUCAGCCAUCUUAUCUUGGCACCGGCUACCAUAUUUACAUGGACAAUUUUUAUACCAGUCCUACACUGUUCAAGGACCUGGCCAGCAAAAAGUUUGGAGCUUGUGGCACUUAUAGGGAAUCCAGGAAGGGAUGCCCUAAAGGGAGGCCAAAUGCUCUCACUAAAAAAAGUGGAAGAGGAUCAGUGAGAUGGAUCAGAGAGGGCCCAGUGGUCUUUGUGAAGUGGAUGGACACACGGGAGGUGUCUGUCUGCUCAACUAUCCAUCCUGCGUUUUCAGGUGAGACGGUGCAAAGGAGGGUGAAGAAUGAAGUGAAACGCUGGAUUGUGAAAGACAUUCCAUGUCCUACACCAGUCAUGGCGUACAAUAAAUACAUGGGUGGGGUUGACCUGUCUGAUAAACUCAUCCAGUAUUACUCUGCACAACGGAAAACUUAUCGUUGGUACAAGACUGUGCUUAUGCAUUUGGUUGACAUUGCCACAGCAAAUGCCUACAUCCUACACCAAGAGUUGUGCAAAGCCAAAGGAGUGAAGCCCAUGACACACAAAGACUUCAAUGUGGAGAUGGCCAGUCAGCUUUGUAGUGUGGACAUGGCAGGUGUUCCAAGGAGAAAGGCAGCUGAACACAUUCCUGUGCCCAUUAGUGCUCAGCAAAAUGCCAGAAACGGCAGACUGCAGUGCAGACACUGCCUCCGGGUGAACAAAGUCAGGAAGGACACGCAAUGGAAAUGUGAGGGCUGUGAUGUGCCAUUGUGCCUUCUGAUUGACAGAAACUGCUUUGCACAGUGGCACAAGUAAUUUGUGAUGGAGAUAUUGACAUAUUUUGUAAAUAGUUGU